CUCAGAAUCACGGUUAUAAAUUUCAACCGUCAGUCGUUUACAAACACCGUUAGUUAUUACAAAAAUUAAUUAACAUAACUUCCUUCAGUGUUUUUUACUGUUUAACAGUUAAAUUCCCUAAAAGAAACUGCUAAUUUAAUUUGUUGAUUAAUAACAAUAUUCUCUUCUCUCCUUUGGUCUCGUCGUUUGUGACGCUAUAUAUCGUUUCUCUCACGUUUUAUUCCCUCUUAUUUUUUAGUCCCCACUCAGUAACCACCUCUCUACUACUCUUUUAUCCAUACUUCUCUUUCUCUCUCUAGCCAAUAUUUCCAAAUUCCUUGUUCUUCGGUUCUCUACUUCUCCAUUCUUCGCUUGUGCAUUUUGCUCUAUUCAGUACAAAUGGAAACUCCUCCUUGCUCCGAUGUGUGGGAGCUCAUCUCUAAGGAUCGCCGCUCUCUGAAGCAUGUUCAUGACAACGUGCAUGGAAACAUCUAUCUCGAACCGCUGUUCAUGAAGUUCAUUGAUACACCACAGUUUCAGAGGCUGCGGGAUUUGAAGCAGCUUGGUCUGACACACAUGGUGUAUCCUGGUGCUGUACAUUCUCGAUUUGAGCAUUCACUUGGGGUGUACUGGCUUGCUGGAGAGGCUAUUAAUAAAAUUACAGCUUACCAAGGAUUGGAGCUCGAAAUUGAACAUGAUGAUAUAAAGACAGUAAAACUUGCAGGCUUAUUACAUGAUGUCGGGCAUGGACCAUUCAGUCACUUAUUUGAGCGUGAGGUCAUGUCCAUGGGACCUGGUGGCAAUAUAUGGUCUCACGAAAACAUGUCUGUAAAAAUGAUAGAGUACAUGGUUGAUGAAAACAACAUUGAUAUUGAUCCGGAAACACUCAAGAGAGUGAAGGAUAUGAUCACUUGUAGUCCUAAAGAUGUUUUACUCACUAGUCUGAAGCCAAAGUCCUUCCUGUAUGAUAUUGUUGCUAAUGGUCGAACAGGAAUAGAUGUUGACAAAUUUGAUUACAUUGUACGUGACUCUCGUGCUUGCGGCCUUGGCUGCAAUUUUCAAUUUGAAAGGUUGAUGGAAUCUAUGCGAGUAAUGGAUAACCAAAUAUGUUAUCGUGCUAAGGAUUAUUUGACCAUCCACAAGUUAUUUGCCACUCGUGCUGACUUGCAUAGGACAGUCUAUACCCAUGCCAAAGUGAAGGCAAUAGAACUCAUGGUUGUAGAUGCUCUCAGAAAAGCUGAUAGCAGUUACCAAAUUGUGUCAAGGGCGUUUAGACCAUCCGAAUUCUGGAAGUUGGAUGACUCAAUUUUGAAAGCAAUUGAAACAUCUUCUGAGCCAGAGUUAAAGGAGGCGAAAGAUUUGAUAACUCGAAUUCGGCGGAGAGAUUUGUACAAGUUCUGCAACGAAUUUUCUGUCCCAAAGGAGGAAAUUGACUACUUCAAAGCCAUCACCCCAAAAGAUAUAAUCUGUUCCCAGAAAUCUGGCCACACUUCAUUAACAGAAGAAGAUGUUGCUGUAAGCAAUGUUAAAAUUGAUUUGACUCGUGGAACUGAUAACCCUUUGCAAAGGAUUAUGAGAGCUCUGAUACAUUUCACAUUGAAGAUGAUCGCAUCAGUCACCUGUUGCCAGCUUUUUAUCAGGAUACGAUUGUUAGAGUUUACUCAAAGAAGCCUGAACUGGUGGAAGCAGUCUCUGCUGCAUUUGAAAAUUUUCAGCUAAAGACGUACGGUAUGAAAAAGCAAGUUCACGAAACUCCCGAGAAGAAAAAACGUCGAAGGUAAACACUGAUCAAGUGUUUAGCUCUCUUUUUUGUUUUGUUGGAAGACGUAGAUACAUAUACGCACAUUCACAUACAAAGAAAAGUACUUCAUCAUAAAGAAAUGUAUAUGCACGUAACGUAACCCUUAUUAUUUCUGAAAAUGAGGUAAAAUGUACAUUUACUACCUGAAUGCCUGCCUAGAUCAGAUACAUUUUUACUGCUGAAAAUUUUGUAAACACCCCAACCAAAUACUCUGCUCAGCAAAAAAUAUGUUCUAUGGCCAAUCUAUGUGAAUUGUUGUAUUCACUCCCAAGUAAUUUCGAUG